AUGGAGUUAGAGAAGAGAAACGCCUUUUCGACAAACUGGGGGGGAGAGAUUGUCAAAGUAGAGGGGCUUACGGUAUGGACACCUGAGGAGAGAAGCUGGUGGAGGAAGAAGCCAACUAAACCCAAAACUGUUAUACUUAAUAAUGUCACAGACAGCAUUCAAAACGGCGAAUUUUUAGCGAUACUAGGACCAAGCGGUGCGGGUAAAACAACGUACCUAGUGUCAUUAGCUGGCAAAUGUACUUUGCCGUCGAAGGGAAAUGUUACCGUCGAGGGCCGAAAUGUCAGCGAGCUACCCACCGGCACGGUGGAGAUACUGCCCCAAUUCGACGUAUUUAUGGACUGCCUGAGCGUUAUGGAGCAUUUGGUUUUUAUGAUGGAAAUGAAGCUCGGUCGCUCAGUAAAAACCGCGAAUAAAACCAUCCUGCAAACAAUAAUGGGCGCGUUGAAAUUGAACGCGCACGAGAGAACUUUCAUACGUUCGUUAUCCGGUGGUGAGCGACGGUUGCUGUCGCUGGCUUCGUCCCUCCUAUCCAGCCCACAAAUACUUAUCUGCGAUGAACCGACGACAGAUCUCUUCAAGGAGUUCAGUUCAAUUUGCCUCAUGUCCGAAGGGAAGAUACUCUUCCACGGAACACAUCAGGGCUGUAAAGCACUAUUCGACAGCGUCGACCUACGAUGCCCGGUGAACUACAACCCGGCGGAGUUCUACAUCAAGGCCGUGUCUAACGCGUGCGGCAACGUUAACCACGUUGAGAGGAUCUUGGAAAAUUACCGGAACCGGUUCCGUGGGUGCGAGCCUAGUUACGAGGGCCCGACGGCGACGCCGCGGCCCCCUAUAUGCCGUAGAACCUGGCCGAAACAAGUUCAAAUACUACUUUGGAGAUUUUCAAUCCGAUUUAGAAGGGAUAUUAAGAUUCUUGCAAUCUCAUUACUGUUAUCUACGAUUAUCGGCGCUGUAGUGAUCGGCACUUGCUUCGCAGGCAGCACUGGGACGACGCAGACCGGGGUCCAGAACCUGAGGGGCUUCCUGUGGCUCAUCUGCAGCGAGGUCUCCUUCAGCCUGUCCUAUACCGCGCUGUUCUCGUUUGAAAGCGAACUCCCUUUGUUUAGGAGGGAAGUGGGCGUGUACGCGGUGUCAGCAUACUACGUCGCGCGUUUCUUGAGCGAGGUACCAAGAUGUGUCAUUUGGCCGAUUCCAUUUGUAACUAUAACAGCGUCAGCCGUCGAAUUGCCCAAUCAUUUCGUGACUGUUCUAGAAAUCUACUUUGCCCUUCUUGUAACAGGGCUGGCGUCAACGGCAUACGGUCUCGGCAUGGGUGCUCUAUUCAUUUCGAGUGGAACUAUGGGGGAUGUGAUGCCGUGCACGGAUUUGCCCCUGUUCCUCAUGUCGGGCGCCUUUCUUCGCAUCUCUUCCCUUCCUGUUUGGCUGUACCCAGUAAAAUACAUCUCGCAUUUCUAUUACGCAAUGGACGCAAUAAGCAACAUAUACUGGAGGCAGAUUGGGGAAAUUGACUGUCCUCUCAACACGACCAACACUUGUGUGAAAAACGGCGCGGCGGUUUUGAUGGAGAAUGGAUAUUCAAGCAACUUUGUACUCCAAGACACUCUUGGCAUAUUGCUGGUUGUGACACUGUGGAGCAUCCUCGGUUACUACGGUUUGAAGAAGGAAAAGAGAAAGGGAUACACUUAU